AACCUAGGCUAGAAGCCAAUAGUGGCAAUUAUUGUUCGGAGGCCAUUGCCGCUGCCGCCGGUGGCUUCCCCUUCCCCGUAUCAGCAGAGCAGCAGGCAGCUGCUCCAGGCUCUGGUGAAUUCCAUUCCAACAGAGCCCGCCUCCUUCCCUCGAUCUCAGAUUCUUUUUGCGUGUGCAAGUUGUUGAAUCGGCACACGACCUCUGCUUUUGGAGGAGAGGCCAGAGUGAGGGAAGGGCAUAUACGGCUCACUGGUGCGGCGGGGCCGCCGCUUUUUCGGCUGGCCUCUCCCCGGUCCUCCCAUUGGAGCGCGCAAAGCUGGGUGGCACCAUUUAAAGAAGCAAACUGCACUCCACCACCACCACCACCAUCGCCACCAAGCACACCGCCGCACCACACGAUCCAACGCACGCCCGGGGGAGGAGGAGGCAGGCGAUCGAGGAUCGAACCGGCUGGGGCUCGGGUUCUCCGGUGGGGGUCCCUGCCUGCUGCCGCGCGAGAGCAGAAAGUAGAUCGGAUUUGGGCCGGGUUCUUGGAGCACUGGGCACCGAACUCGUCCAGGUUGUGCGAAAAUGCAGUGGAACCUGUAGCUAGUUUUUGAAAGACCAUCCUGUAGCUAGUUGAACGUACCUCCUCAUCUGAUACUGGCAUUUCUUAAGUUGUUUGGAGCUUCCUUCUAGGCUGGAAAUUUCUGAAGCUGUUCUGGAACAUCUGCUGUGCCUGCAAAUGGCAGACGAUCCUAAUAUGAAUUUUGGGGCGUUUUCCCAGUCACUCUGCAACCAGCAUGUAGUUUCAUUUCAGACAAGUGCAACCACUAGCGGGUCUGGAGGCAUGCCAGCGUACCUGGAUUGUUCCACUGGGAUGGAUGCCAGUGUGGGGAUGUUGAGCACCACACCUUCAGUGGUUGUUUCUACUGGUUCAUCUAAUAUGCCAGCUGAUCCGGGGCAGAACCUCAAAUAUGGAGGGCCGCUGGCUGCAGAUUGGACACAUCUUGAGCUUCAAAUUCUGAGAGAUGGCCUGGAGAAAUAUGUUCAUGAACAAGGCAUCAUGAAGUAUAUAAAGAUAGCAGCAGCAUUACCGAACAAGACAGUAAGAGACAUCGCAAUGAGGUGCCAGUGGGUAGGGAAGAAAGUAAAUACAAGACGAAGGAAGGCCCAAGAACACCAUACUGGCAGAAAUAUAAAAGAAAGAAAGGAUAAAUUUGUAGAGCCUGCACUGUGGGGAGCAAAUCAUCCUCUUCAAACUGGCAUGAGAACCAAUUCAUUUGUGCCGCAUAAUGUUCAAAACAAUCUGUUUCUAUCUGGAGCCUCUGAGAUAGAUCGUCCAGUACAGCAUCUACUGGAGGAAAAUAAUCAGCUUCUUCAUCAAAUUGAAACAAAUAUUCUGACAUUUCAGGCUCAGAACAACAUUGAUCUCUUCCAUCGGGCAAGAAGGAACAUUAAUGAUCUUCUACAUAUCACGACUCAACUGCCUGGAAUGAGUACCAAGAUGCCUCCGCUUCGCGUCUCAGUGAAUGAAGGUCUUGCUAGCUUCGUGCUUCCUGGCAUUUCAAUGGAUCAAAUUCUUGGAAGCAGCCAUUUGAAGGAGGAGCCAAGAGGAUGGUAGGCCACUGCCAACAGGUUUCAGUUUAGGCAGACACUCAGUCUUUUAUCCCUAGAUCGAUGGACAAUAUGGAGAACUACUGCUUCAUUUUGCUUACUACUAAGUGGCGAUCGAUAGGGUCACCAUUCACCCAGGACCCCUGCUUUCUCUAUCUGAAAGGGAAAGUAGAGGUGACUGAAACCAUUGUGCUGCCCGGCCUCCAGACGGCCCUGCAACAAGCCUUAAACAUUGGUGGCUGAACAGCGAGGGUUUCAGGACCUGCAGUUUUUUCUGGUCUUGCUGCACCUGUAAAUAACUAUGAUUCUUUUGUGUUCCUCCUUAAGAUGCCAGGGUAAAUAGAUGUAGCAGAGGAAGUUCACAAGAAUUAGUAGCUACAUAGUUCCUUCAAAAAGACCUAGCUACAUAGCAAGAAUGAAAGCCUUUUUGCCGGUCGCCA